UCUCUCGAUCAGUGUUGUUUUUGCAUUUUCCUUUUAUUUCUCUCUUCUUUUGUGUAAUAAUCGUUUCGAGGCAAAUCAAUACAUAAAGAACUUAACCUGCGGCGGUUAAAGCUCUUAACCUACGCACAAAUCUCCGGCGAUUUUUUAUGAUAUUCAAACCCCGUCGUCGGCUAGAGAAGAAGAGAUCUUGAUCAUCGGGUAAGAUUGUUAGAUGGAGGUCAUGGUGGGAUCAUCGUUCGGAAUCGGCAUGGCGGCGUACGUUAGAGAUCGUGGCGGCGUUACGGCGGCGCAGGAUAAGGCUGUUCAGACGGCUCUGUUUUUGGCUGAUGAAUCUGGACGCGGUGGAUCUCAGAUCGGGAUCGGGUUGAGGAUGAGUAAAUCGCCGGAGGAAUCGUCGGAUAGCUCGUCGUCGUCGAUCGGAGAGAGCAGUGAAAACGAGGAGGAGGAGGAGGAGGAGGACGAAGAGGACGAUGCUGUUUCGUAUAGAGGAGGUGGAGGAACACUUGAUUCGUUUAGUUCUUCUCUUGAAGACUCUCUUCCGAUUAAGAGAGGGUUGUCGAAUCAUUAUGUCGGGAAAUCGAAAUCGUUUGGGAAUUUAAUGGAAGCAGCGAGCAACAACAACGCCAAGGAUUUGGAGAAAUUUGAGAAUCCAUUUAACAAGAGGAGGAGAUUGGUUAUAGCUAAUAAGCUAAGGAUGAGAGGAAGAUCUAUGUCUGCUUCGAAUUUUUACUCGUGGCAAAACCCUAAUUCUAUGCCUAUACUUGCGUUACAAGAACCUAAUGAAGAAGAUCAUCAUCAUAAUGAUGAGUAUGAGGAUGAGGAUGAGGAUGAGGAUGAGGAGGAUGAUGAUGACCGUAGGAAGAUGGCGAUGAUGAUGAUGAAGAAUAAGAGAGAUUUGAUGGCUCAGACUCGAAGCUGUUUCUGUCUAAGUAGUUUGCAAGAGGAAGAUGAUGGUGAUGUUGAUGAUGAAUAAAUCAAAAUCAAGUAUAACAUUGGUUUCUUUUAAUACUUGGAUUUUAUUUGUUCUUCCCUUGUGAAUUUGUUUUUUUUUCAAGAGGAAGUUUCCAGUGAUAACAAAAGUGGUGGAAGAUUUGAUUUGUUAGGAAUAAUUAUUAUUAAAUCUAUUCAUUAGUAGCA